UUCUUUUCCAAAACCAAACGAUGUCGUUUAUUCGUAUUCUGUCUGGUAAGUGUCCGUGUAAGUAUUUAAAUUUAUUAACACUUCAUCCCAUGCACUGUCUCAAAUACAAAUACAUUAACACAAGAAAGUGGAAAGAAUUUAUUUAUUUUAUGCGCAUACGAUGAUGUUUUUUUACAAAAAAGUUAAAGUGGGUAAAAUCGUAUUUCGCGGCAAGACGAUAAAACAAUUCGCGCGCGCACGAUGGUGUAUUUAUCUUUCAGUUCACGUUUCACGUGCCAAAUUUCAAUAUGGCGUCUGUGCUCCGAUCUCUCGAUUUAGCUGCAAGUGCGGCAAGUUCUCAGCAAAAAAUGAUAAGAACAGAUUGGAAGAAAGAAAAAGAAUUAGAAGAAGCUAGAAAGGCAGGAACUGCACCAGCUUUGCAGGAUGAAACAGGAAAAGACAUCAACCCUCAUAUUCCUCAAUAUAUUUGGAUGCCUUGGUACUAUGGAGCAUCUGGACCAACUCUCAAGCAUCAAAGGCCACAGGAAGAAAGGCAAAAACAGUUUGCUAAAAUUGAUGCAUCGUAUAAACGUGGCUUGAAAGAGGUAGCGAACUGCAGCGAUAAAAUUUCGAAAGGAGCCUGUGAAAACUGUGGUGCGAUUACUCACAAGAAAAAAGACUGUCUAGAGCGUCCUAGACGUGUAGGUGCUAAAUUCACCGGUGAAGAUAUAAAACCCGACGAAUAUGUCCCUGAACAACAUAGCUUUGACUACGAUGGCAAAAGAGACAGAUGGGUUGGAUAUGAUCCUGAAGAACACCAAAGGGUGCUAGAAGAAUAUCAAAAAAUGGAAAUGGCGAAACAACAGCUGAAGUCGGAUAAACUGCAUCAAGAUUUAAUGGACGGAAAGAAAGUUGAGGAAAAAAAAUUAAGUGACGAUGACGAUGAGGAUAAAUAUGCUGAUGAUGUCAUUAUACCUGGACAGAAGUUUGACAGUAAGAGGCGAGUCUUGUCAUGGACCCGGCCGCCUUUCUCGAAAGACGAACUCAAUUGAGAAUUGAAGAACAAACUGAAAGGAUUUUAUCCGGAGCGCGAAGAUUAUCCGACUUACCAACAACACGUCCAA